AUGGAAGGUGUUACAGAUAUCAUGGAACAUGGUCUUACAGGGCUAAAAGAUGAACAAUGGAAAAAUGCUCGAUCCAUAGUUUCACCAGUGUUCUCUACAACAAAACUCAAAGCAAUGUACGGUCUGAUGAAUGAAAUUAGUGACAUGUAUAACAAACGUCUUCUUGAAUAUGCUGAUAAACAAGAAAUAUUUGAUGUCAAAAUGCUGAAUGGUCAAUAUACUCUUGAUAAUAUUGCUUCUUGUCUAUUUGCUUUGAAUGAUAAAGAAAUACUUGGUCAAGCUCUAGUUUUCUUGGUUGCUGGUUAUGAAACAACAAGUGUAUUAAUGUCAUUCUUUUUCUAUGUCAUGGCAACAGAACCAGUGAUUCAAGAAAAACUUUAUAAUGAAAUUCGACAAGAACUUGGAAAGACUAAUAACUCAUCGUUGUAUCUAGGAUGA